AUGUUCCUCAAAAGAAGUUCAUCGUUUCACGGAGGCGCCAAAAACGGCCAAGCCAACGGUACUACUAGUACCACAACACCAACCACAAGUACUAGUCCUUUGCGAAUGUGGCGACGAAAGCAACAUCGACGAUCCCAGUCGGCAGAUGAUGCCGACAGCAAUGCGGCUGCCGUAGCCAGUGCUGUGGCGGCUCAAUUCAAGGCCGAACAAGAAGAAUUGUGGCGACUGAAAAGGAGAGAGAUCCAAUUGGGAAAGAUCUUGGGAGAAGGGGGUUUCGCUCAAGUCUUUUCCGUCACCACCAAGAGAGCUCAGCUGUACCCAUGGAAGCGCCAAAAAUUGGCCCUCAAGCAGCUACGUCCAGAACUGUUAAAGGACAAGACGUUGUUUGCACGAGCAGCUUCAUCACUGGUUCAGGAAUCUCGCAUCAUGGCUCAACUCAAGGGACACCCUCACAUCCUUCAGCUCCGAGGGGUAUCUGACGAGGAAGAAGAGCCACUGCCCACCAAGCGUGGCUUUGAUUCCUUCUUUUUGGUGACGGAUGCACUGAGGGAAACCAUGACGGAUCGUCUCCUCAAAUGGCAAGAAAAUCCUUCAUCGUCUCGCAAGGUUCUGGAGCAGCGAUGGAAUCAUCAACUGCAAUAUGCACUCCAGACUGCCAAGGCGUUGGUCCACUGCCACGAGAAUGGCAUUAUCUUCCGCGACUGCAAGGCGGACAACCUGGGCUUCAGCGAUGACCACACUGUUCAGCUGUUUGACUUUGGAAUGGCCCGGGAAUUGCCUUGCGAAGAUUUUGAUGACGCUCAAACCUGCGCAUCCUCCCUGGAUGAUGCCCACGGUGGAGAAGAAUUGUUCCAAAUGACAAUGUGUGGCACACAGAGACACGUGGCCCCAGAAGUCUACAACCGAGGAUGGUACAAUUUGAAAGCUGACUCCUACAGCUUUGCCAUGACGGUUUUGGAGUUGGUUACGGGCAAGAAACCAUUUCCGGGCAUGUCCCUCCCCGUACACAAGAUCCUCGUCUUGGAAGGAGGGGGCCGUCCCAAUGUGGACGCUUUCCCUGCUGGAUUGCAAGCUAUUCUGCGACAAGCAUGGGCCCAGAAUAUCAGCGAACGAUGGACCAUGGCGCAAGUCUGUGCUGCACUCGAAACCUACAUUGGCAGCGCGGACUGCAGCCGACAUGAUCCCACCAACGCCAGCAACAAAACAGCAGCUCCGGUGCUGCAAGACCAAGCAAGAAGCAACAACCUGGCUGCCACUCGACAACGAACCGCUUGCAAAAAAUCCAUGUUGGCUUCUGCAGCUUAA